AUGCCAAAGCCGAUAACAAGACUGCUUCGGAGUAGCCUACUCUUUAUUCCCGCAUACGAGGAAAAGGCGAUUGCCGUCGCAUCUGCAAUUCUCGAGCUGAGAGACCCUUCCCAUUCGGGACUAGCGUACAAGUCCCGUGCCGAAACCUGCGAGAGUGCUCGUCUCCAUCACGACGCACCUCGAAGCCUCUCAAUCCGCACCCACUCCGCUCUAUCUUCCCCCGCUGGUCUCAUUCAAUCUGCCCUGUCAGAGACCAUGCAGAAGUCUCGGGUCAUGAACUCGGCUCUGGGGGCCCGGUCAUUUGCCCCUGCCCCUCGGGUCUCGGUACACAUCCAACGCCGUAACCUCCAGGAUGUCGCUAUCACUCGCACUGGAAAGCCCAUCGUCCGGGUCCAAGGUGGCCGGUUAUACUGCGACUGUUUUCGGCGCUACGGGUUUCCUGGGCCGCUACAUUGUCAACCGGCUCGGUAUGUCUUGCAGGGUGAUGUUGCUGAAGCAAUUGAGGUGCUAACGUUGCAAAAAGCAACCCAGGGAUGCACAGUGGUGGUCCCCUACCGUGAGGAGAUGGCCAAGCGCCACUUGAAGGUCACUGGUGACCUUGGCCGUGUCAACUUCUUGUCCAUUGAAGAGAGCGUCCGUCACUCGGAUAUCGUCUACAACCUUGUUGGCCGUGGCUAUCCCACUAAGCGUGGGGAGGAAGUUGUUCGCAAAAUUUACCCCGAGACGACCAUCGUGCGGCCUGCUCCGAUGUUCGGGUUCGAAGACAACCUCCUACACAAGCUCGCCGGUGUUUCCAACCUGCUCACUGCCAACCACAUGCAAGAGCGAUAUUGGCCUGUUCACGUAUGCUCCCUGGCAGCCUCUUGA